UAGAAAAGCAGACCAGUAAUUCCUUCUAUUUGGCAGGCCUGGGCAGCUUAAUGAGACCCUGCCUUUAAAAAUAAGUGUGAGUAAAGGUCCAGGAAAAUAACCCAGAGGCCAAGUGCUUAGCGGGCUUGUGAGAGUGCACUCUCCAGUCCCAAAACUGAAGUAUACAAGCACACAGGUAAUGAGGGUUGUAUUUUACCAACACUGUACCAGUAUGCUUUUCAGUUGGUAAAGGGUGAUGUGUUCCGUUAAUGGAGUCUUUCAGUUUUAAAAUUCAUGGUUACUUUAGUGGUCAGGUUAUCUAGACUAUCGUAUGUUGGUUUUUUUAUAUCAAAGAGAUUUUAACUCUACCAUUAUAUGAAAUGUUCUGUAAAUUCUAUACCUUCAUAUUCAUUGAAUUGUAGAAUGUCUUUAAUUUCUCUAUUUCUUCCUUUGCCCCAGUGGCCAUUCAAUAGAGUUUUCAUGUUUAGUUUUCAUGAGUUUGUAGGCUUUCUGUUGUUGUAAUCUAGCUUCAAUCUAUGGUAGUCUGUUAGGAUACAGGGAAUUAUUUUAAUCAUCUUAUAUUUGUUGAGACUAGCUUUAUGACAGUAUGAAGUCAAUUUUGGAGAAAGUUCUGGAGGUGCUAUAAAGAAGGUAUGUCCUUUUGUGUUUGGGUGAAAGGUUCUAGAGAUACCUGUUCUGUCCAUUUGGGUCAUAAUAUCUGUUAGCGCCAUUAUUUCUGUUUAGUUUUUUUUCUUCUCUGGAUGAUUUGUCCAUUGGUGACAAUGGAGUAUUGAAGUCCCCCACUAUUAAUGUGUUGGGUUCAAUGUGUCAUUUAAGCUUUAAUAGUGUUUCUUUUACAAUUAUGGUUGCCCUUGUGUUUGGGGUAUAGAUGUUCAGAGUGUAGAUGGCAGCUUGGUGGACUUUUCCUUUGAUGCGUAUGAAGUGUCCUUCCUCAUCUUUUUUGAUUAAUUUAGGGUGAAAGUCUAUUUUGUUAGAUAUUAAAGUGGCUACACAAACUUGCUGCUUGGCUCUAUAUCUUUGGAAAAUCUCUUUUCUAACCUUUUACUCUGAGAUAAUGUCUUUCUUUGGUGUUGGGAUGUGUUUCUUAUAUGCAGCAGGAUGAUGGGUCCUGUUUUCACAUCCAUUCUGUUAGCCUGAUAUCAUGAGAUAUCAUUGACCAAUGAUUGUGAAUUCCUAUUCUAUGGUUGUUGGUCUUGGUGGUGGUGGUGGUAUGCAUCUUGAACAGUCUAUUCUUUUCAUUUACCUGUUUCCCCCACCCCCUUGCUUUCUUGGGGAUUUUUUCAUUUCCUCCCAUUGUUUAUUUGUGUUUUCCUGAUAUUUCUUUAACAGAUUUACAUAUUUCCUCUCUAAGGACUUCUAUCAUCUUCCUAGUGUUGGUUUUAAUGUUAUUUUCUUGUGUUAAUUCAGGGGUUGCUAUAGUAGAAUAGCUAGGCUCUGGUGCUACCAUAUUGCCCCAUCUAGUGUUUGUAAAAACUUAAAUAUUUAUCCAUUUCCAGUGGCAGGGCAUGUGGUACAAUUCACCUUGGUGAUACCACUUUACACCAAAAUCCAGAGUGAUAUUUCUUGAUCACCAUCUAAACAGUUAGAAAGAAAAUGGUACCAAUAAAAGCCAUUUAACAAGGCAGUAAGUUAUACUUAGCAUCAAAGAGUUCAGGAAACUUUAACUUAAGAAUUGACAUCCUAAAUGCUGUGUCAUAAUGUGAAAUUCUGUAGUUAAGAAAAUAGCAGCUGGGUGGUGUACACCUUUAAUCCCAGCAUUUGGGAGGCAGAGGCAGGUGGAUUUUUGAGUUCGAGGCCAGCCUGGUCUACAGAGUGAGUUCCAGGACAGUCAGGGCUACACAGAGAAAGACUGUCACGAAAAACAAAACAAAACAGAACAAAACAACAACAACAACCCCCCCCCAACCACAAACAACAACAAAAAAAGAAAAUAGCUAUUUUCUACACAGAUAAAUAACUUCUUUACUCUUCAGGUGAGCUAAAGCCUUGGCUGGGGUUUCUCUCUAGAGGCUCAUGUGUCUGCUACAUCGCAGGCUCCCCUGGGUCAAGUGAGGUAAUUCAUAAGUUAAAGUGGUUGCUCUUCAGCACUUGUAAAGCUUGGCUGCAUAUGAAUGACCCUCACCGUGUGCUUGGUGGACAUGUUCAGUAUGACUCUACAGUGAAUUGCUAUGAUGUCAUCUUGCUCCUUUUGUUUUCCUUAUGGCUGCCAUGCUAAUGUUCACCUUGGGUAACAUAUACUUUAUUUUUAUAACUUUCUAAUUUUUAAACAUAAUAGUGGUCUUUUUGUACUACUUUGGUUUUGGUUAAGCUUCCCUUUCUCUUCUCUUCCCCAUGUUUGCUCAGACAUAGCUCUGGUGUCCUCCUUUCACCUCUAUAGCCUAUGCGCACUGUCAUUCCAAGGGCAUAGCUCUUACUACAUUUUUUUUCUUGACCGUUCUUAAAUAUUUUUGACUUGGUUCUUUUGACUGUCAUUCAUAUUAGAGGUUUUGCAUGAGGUUAAUAUAUAGUAUGGUCUGUCUGGUUAGUGCUAUAUGUAGUUGCCUUUUGACAGCCACUGUAGAAAGCAGUAGAUAAUUCACAAGUGAUAAGUAGUGCUCACAGGCUACUUGUUUUAAUAGACAGCUAGAGGUAAGCCUCCAGCCAAGUGUGUGACUCUGCCUGAAGCACUCAACUUCCUAGGCCAAGUCCACACUCAGAACAGUCAUGUGUUUAAGAGUUGGGGUUGUGAGGCACAGCAGAGCCUGGCCACAGCAUAGUGGGGAUCAUUCUCAGCUUGUUAUAAUGCUAGGGCUGUGCUGUGUAGCUUCCUUGUGGCUGCAUUGUUGUAUUUUAAGUACCCUUGAAUAGAUAUCAGCCUUGUGAGUACAGCAGUCACUCUGCGGCAGAGACACCCCAGAGCAGCAGUACCACAGACCCUAUUGAGCUGUGCAUGCUCCGGUUGUCCAAGACCUCCAAGCUGCUAAGAACUUUACUGAGGUAGAUGGUCCUUGAAUUUUGGUUGAAUUUAUUUCUCAUCCUCUGAUAUGCAUAUGUGUUACCAAUGAGUCCAAAGUGGUUGCUACUUCUUGCUCACUUGGUCUAAUCAGUAUAAUGUCAUCAAUAUAGUGCACCAAUGCGAUACUUUGUGGAAGAUCCAAACGAUCAAGAUCCCUUCUAACUAAAUUAUGACACAGGGCAGGAGAAUUAAUAUAUCCUUGAGACAAAACUGUGAAGGUAUACUGCUGGCCUUGCCAACUGAAAGCAAAUCGCUUCUGGUGGUCCUUAUGGACAGGUAUUGAGAAGAAGGCAUUCGUCAAAUCAAUAGCCGCAUACCAGGUGCCAGGAGAUGUGUUAAUUUGCUCACGUAACGAAACUACACCUGGUACAGCAGCAGCAUUCAGAGUUACUACCUGAUUUAGUUUUCGAUAGUCAACUGUCAUUCUCUGAGAUGGAUCUGUCUUCUGCACUGGCCAGAUAGAGUUAAAUGCAGAUGUGGUGGAAACUACCACCCCUGCAUCUUUCAAGUCCUUGAUAGUGGCAGUAAUUUCUACAUUUCCUCCAGGAAUAUGAUACUGUUUUUGAUUCACUAUUUUCUUUGGCAGAGGCAACUCUGGAGGCUUCCAUUUAGCCUUUCCAACCAUAAUAGCCCUCACUUCACAGUUCAGGGAACCAAUGUGAGAAUUUUGCCAAUUUCUGAGUAUAUCUAUCCCAGUUAUACAUUCUGGAACUGGGGAAAUGACCACAGGAUGUGUCCGGGGACCUACUGGACCUACUGUGAGUCAGACAUCAGUCACAACUCCAUUAAUCACCUGUCCUCCAUAAACCCCUACUUUAACUGGAGGGCCACAAUGUUUCUUGGGAUCUCCUGGGAUCAGUGUCAACUCAGAACCAGUAUCCAAUAGACCCUGGAAAGUCUGAUUAUUUCCUUUCCCCCAGUGUACUGUUACCCUUGUGAAAGGCCGUAGGUCCCUCUGGGGAAGAACUGGAGAAAGCCUAACAGCAAAACUUUUAGGUGUCUUAUCAAGAUCCUUCCUCAGGGGAAGCUGGCCACCCCUUCAUUCAAGAGGUUCUGGAUCUGCAAACUGGCUCAAGUCUGGAAAUUGAUUCACUGGCCAAGACGGUCUUUUGCCACGAUCCAAUGUAGCCUUUCUUUCAUUUUUUUUUGAGUUUUUUUUCUGCUUAUGUAGAUCAAAACAGAUAAGCAGUAGGCUUCUUAUCUGUUUUGUGCCUGGGAACACCAUGACUGAUUAGCCAGUACCAAAGGUCCAAAUGAGUCAUGCCAUUAUAAAUUUCACCUCUCCUGUGCUGACAAUUACAGGGUAUGUCAUUAUAAACAUUGUUUUGUCUACACUGUCCAUUAUAAUAACUAGGAUCACCUUGUCUCUGGAGAUUCAGUGCUGCAUUGCUCAGUCCCACAAGGCAAGCAGGUGAAGAAGAGAGAGUAAAUCUUCCUUCUUGCAAUGUUCUUAUAUAGGUCUCCAGCAGAAGGUAUAGCCCAGAUUAAAGGUGUGUGCCACCAUGCCUUUAAUCCCAGAUGACCUUGAACUCAGAGGUCUCCCUGUCUUAAUCUUCUGGAAUUCAUAGCUACUAUGCCUCAAGAUCUUUAUACCAAGAUCCAGGUCAGAAACUUGUAUCUCCCAGCCUCCAGAUUAGGAUCACUGGUGAGCCUUGCAGUUCUGGACUGUAGUUCAUUCCAGAUAUAGUCAAGUCGACAACCAGGAGUAGCCACUACAGUUGUGUGCAGGAUGCCUGAACCUAGUGGAGAGAGCAGCACCAGCGUGGGUGCCUGGGAGCUCAGGGCCGGAGACGAGUCCUUCACCUCUGCUCACUGUUUGACUGCCUACUUCAUACACUUACUUUUCUGGGUCUUGGGUAUGAAUACAAGCAAAAUGGAAAAAUCCACACCUUCAAGGGCUUAUUUAUCAUGGUGGCCAGUAAUCAAUAAAAUGUCCUUUUAUGUUAGAUAACUGCUGAAGCGUAACAUAAGUAGAACAUGGUAGGAAGUGGAGUACUUUAUAUAAAGGAAGGGCUUUUGUGAUAACAUAAUUAGCAAAUACAUUAAGGAAGUGAGGGCUGCAUGGGUGGCUCAGCAGUUCUGAGUAUGGGCUGCCCUUCUACAGCACCCUCUUCUGGGAGCCCGGCACACUAGUGGUGCAGAAAUGAAUGGAGGCAAAUAUGUAUGCAUAAAAUAGUAAAAUGACCUUUCCAUCAGACAGGUAAGCGGAAAGAAUGUUCCACAGAGGAACAGGUAUGAAGGCCUUGUGUUAUGGCUGACAAAGAGACCUGUGUAUCUGGGGCAAAGUGCAAAGGGAGUGUGGAAAAGGGUCAGAGUGAUGCAGAAGCCAGAUCAUAGAGAACACUGUUAAUUGUUUACGAGGUGUGGAGUCACUAAAGCUUUUAAUCUUUCAUUUGAGAAUAACCUUAGACCCAUAGAAGGGCUGCAAAAGCACUGCUGUUGUCCUGUACUGCUUGCUCAUCGCACUUGUGUACACACACACACACACACACUCACAGGGCAAACUCCCACUGUGACUGUGAAGCUAGGAAACUGCACAAGGAUAAUUCUGCUCGUGCAGAUACAAACCAUUUGGGUCAAAAGAGGAAUCUUGUGCUAGUGAUGAUACAUAUUUCACCUUUAGCCUCACCAGUCACAGAGUCAGACCUGAGGCACGCCUUCACUUUCAGGGCACCUUCUCUCGUGGAUUUUACCAACUUCUGUUAGAUUCCCUGAACACUGCAGGUGAGUUCUCGCCUGCCGGAGCUCGGCCUCUGUCACUUCUCGGCUGGAAUGCCCUGAUUCUCCUCCGCAUUUGGUACCACUUGCCUUAGCACCCUCCUGCCCAUUCACCCAUCACACUACUGUUUCAGGAACAGCUCUAAACCAGACAUUUCAUACCAUUUUGCUGCUAAAACAUCUGACUUCACACACACACACACACACACACACACACACACACUCCCUCGAACAAACAGUUCAGUUAGUGCUGCUCAUAUACACAUGGGUGUGAGACUAUCUACUGGAACAAGAUCAGUUUACCAGAGUCCACACCCCUAAAGAAAACUGACUUUCCCUCUUAGCAGCCAUAAACUCUUCAGCUAAGGGUGGCAUCUCAUAUGCCCCUCCCCCAUCCCUGAUAGACUCAAUUUGUUUUGUUUUUUGUUUUUUGUUUUUCAUUUUGGUAUCUUCCUGUGGUGAAUAGUUCUUUAAGUAUGAGAAAAUUACCUCUAUGUAGACAGUUCUUCCAGUCAAGAGUUGCAUGUACCUACACUGAAGUGACAGUACAACAGAAUUCAUCACCCCCAUGUGCCCUGCUCUCACUCCUUACAGUCAGCCAUCUCCCUGCCUUUUGCAAACACUGGCUUCUGUUCCUUACUUACGGUGUCGUGUUUGUAAGAGGGUCAUAAAUGAAAUCAUAUUUAUGUUCCCUUUCAAGUCUACCUUCAGUUGCCUUAAACUAUGACUAUGACUUGAUUGCUCUGUUGUGUGUAAUGCAAGGGUUUUUGUUGUUGAUGUUGUUCCUUUUUGUAAAAUGUUCAAUUGUAUAGAUGUACCAGUUUGCAUAUUCAUUGCUUAAAGGGCAUAGAGAUUGUUUUCAUCUUUGGAUAUUGAGGUUCUCAAUUUUUAAAACCAGCACUUUGGUCCUUUGCUAAAGAUAGAUUAGAGUAAUGGGGUGCGGUGGGUGCCUAGCUUACAGUUAGGUGGUAGAGUUAACACAUGCACUUUACUUUGAGUGGCAUGUACCACAUGCUUGCUGGGACCCAAAGAGAGUGGAAGAGGGUCUCAGGGCAACUGGGGUUACAUAUGGUUAUGAGCUUUCACGUUAGUGCCGGGAAUCAGGCCGGGGAGUCCUCUGGAAGAGCAACAGGUGCUCUUACCCAUGGGGCUGUCCCUCCAGCCAUAUAUAUAUAUAUAUAUAUGAAGCAAGUUGUGCCUGCUUCUAAAAUUGGGCAAAAGCAAAUAGAGCAUAUUUUGAACUGUUUUAAUUAAAGGUAUUCUUCCUAAACUAGGUUUAAUAGAGUGUAACAUCAUGUAUGCACUGUUACUGUCUUAGUCACUAUUCUAUUGCUGUGACGUGACACCAUGAUCAAGGCAACAUAUGAAGAAAGCCGUUGAUUAGGGGCUCACCAACAGUUUCAGAGGCUUGGUCCAUUAUCAUCGUGUCAGGGAGCGUGGCAUCAGAAACAUAGUGCUGGAGAAGUAGCUUAGAGCUACAUGCUGAUCUACAGGCAAAGAGUGAGAGAGAGCCAGAGACUGACACGGGCUUCUGAAACCUCAGAGUCCAAUUCCAGUGACACACUUCCUCCAACAAGGUCACACCUCCAAUCCUUUUAAUCCUUUCAAACAAUUCCACUCCCUGGUGACUAGACAUUAAUCUAUUAUAUAUUCUAACUCUUGUCUCUUACCCGUGUGCUGCUGAUUCCUACCCCGACUUAUGAGUUACUAUGUAUGCAGAGGGUUUUUUUUUUUUUCCCUUCAUAGUUUUGUUCUUAUGGGAAAAAUGUUGACACUGGGCAUGUUUAUAUCUUAUGAACCCUCAUAUGGUCUCAGUAGAGAGGGGAAAUAGCUCAGUAAAUGAGAGCACUCUUGGGCCCAUGCCUGAGAGCCUGAGCUUGGAUCUCUAGGGACUGUGUGAAAAGCCGGGCAUGGCCCCGUUCUCCUGUAAUCCCAGUGCUGGGGAGAGAGGGCCCGGACGGAGAUUUUGGGGGUUUACUGACUAAUCAUCCUAGCCAGGUUCAGUGAGAGACCAUCUCAGGAAGUAAGGCCGAGAACAAAGUCCCACUCUGGGUUCAGACGUUUAAAAUGUAAAUGUCGGGCUAAGGAGCUGGCUCAGUGGUUAAAAGCUCUUCCCACACCAGUAUGAGGUUCACAGUCGAGAGAACUCACAAAAAUUCAGGGUGGGUCUGGUGGCUCAUCUGUAAUUCCAGUCCCAGAAGACAGAGAUAGGGGACCCAUCAGAGCAAGCUGGCUAGCACCACAACUGCACUGGCAAGCUCUGGGUUUGAUGGUGAAACUGUGCCUCGAUAAAUAGUAUAGAAGAGUAAUUCAGAUGAUUCCUGACUUCCACCUCUGGCCUCUACAUAUAGAUGCACCAUAAACACACACACACACACACACACACACACACACACACACACACACACACACACAAGAAAAAAAGUAAAAUUACAUUGAACUCGAGCAGUAAUGGGAUUAUCCCGCCAUCUUGCAUAGGUACUAAGAGCUCUCUGACUAACACGACAGUGGAAGCGUCUGUGAUAAGCAGUGGCCAGCGUGAACACUUCUCCUUCAGUACUUCCCAACCACAGGCUCCGAGCUUCCUGUGGAAAUGACUCGCAAUCUCUCUCUGUCCCUCUGUGUCACUGUCUCUCUCCCCCCUCUCCCCGUCUCCUGCCUUGCUUACUAGUUCACUAGGAAGAAUUUGAAUGCUCGCACAGACUAUGGAAUUAGAAUGACUAUAAAACACAGUUUUGGUGGUAUUGCCUGCUUGCUUUAGUAUAGGUUUUCCCAUUUGUCUUAUUUUAAGCAACUUUCAUAAUUGAGAAUCUAUUUAAUUAUCAACAGUAUUUUUUAAAUUUAAAAUUCUGAGUGGCUGUUUUCCACGCUGUUGCUUAAGUUUCUCGAGCUACCAGAGACUGGCUGUUAUUUACAACUUGGGCCUUAGCAUCUUAGUCAGGGUUCAAAGGCUGUUACAGAGAAUGUAAUUGCCAAGUAUUAUAUAUAAUACAAAGUACAGCAAUUACAUUCUCUAUACAAUGAACAUUUUCCUUAACAUACAUUUUAGAAACUGUAGAAAUCGGUUAUAACCAAAACAUUUAUAGGCCAGUGACUUCUUAAAUGUCUUAUUUAUGGGGAAAUAACCAAUUUUUUCAGAAAUAAUGAUUGUUUGAUAGACUUGAAUUAAUAACACGAACAGAAGCAUACUUUCUGUUUUAUAGCCUUGAAGCAACUUUUUAGUGAGAUGGGAAAACACUAGCUUACCUUCUAUAGCAUUAUAAACUUAUCUAAAUACCCUUCUCAAAGCUCUGACGUGGAGCUUGGAUCCUGUCAGGCAGGCUUUUGUGUGGGCGUGCUCGCUGACUACCUGUCUCUCGGCUCACCUAUAGGCAGUGACAUUUGUCUCAGCCUCUGCUCUGGCCUGUUCCUCAGGGACACUGCUGAGACCUUUGGCUCAGCAUGGACGGUGUUUGAAGAGCUCAGUUCAGAGGCGCUUUGGCUUUCGAAUAGAGAGGCUUAAAGAGCAAGGGAAAGUCCUUCAGCCGAGUUUCUCAAGAGUGCCGCCAUGGAGAUUUACAAGCUGACCGUGCCGGCCAGCAGCCUCGGAGGAGGAGAUUCUUUAUUACCUCAGAUGCAUUGGAUACUGAGAGCAGGUCUACUGCUCGACUAGUUAGAUCUUUAUAAUCUUGUCCUUUCAUUUGACAAGGAUUUAAUUAUUCUAAUUGGGACUAUUUUUGUUUGUUGCAUUUAUUUAUUUAUUUAUUUGUUGCUUUUGUAUUUUUUGAUUAAUGUCCUUUUUUGAAAUUUGAGGUUUUGUUUUUUUUUUAAGCUGAACUUUUGUAUCUUUUGUUGUUCAGUUUAUAUGAAUUUAUUUUAUUUGUGAGUAUUAAAAAGAAAACUUUGUGCCAGUAUGGGAUCUCUUAAUAAAUCAACAAGGACUCUGUGAUGUAGUUAGUAGUAGAUUGGAUGGAGCAGACGGAGAACCUUGGCAGCUUUAUCUAGAAUGGAUUCUUACAGGACCUACUUGGCCACUGGCCAGCUCAGUGGCUCUUGGUUGGAAGACCAGGAGGAAGACGUCUAUGAAGUUGAAUCUCGAGUGCCUCUGCCAUAUCCUUAUCCUCUGUGUGAACAUUUGGAUGACAGUAACUCAGUAAUUAUCAACACUUCUGUUUUUCAUUUUACUCACAGAAGAAACGGACAUAUAGUAAAGCUUAUUUCUAAAAUUUCACUGCCUACCCCUCCUUAUUCACUUGAACAUGCGAAAGUUACACAGACAGAGUUGAUGCGUGAGUCCUUUAGACAAAAACAAGAGGCAACAGAGUCACUUCAUUGCCUGGAAGAACUGCGAGAGCGCCUUCAGGAGGAGUCCAGGGCCAGGGAGCAGCUGGCCGAGGAGCUCAAUAAAGCUGAGAGUGUCAUUGAUGGGUACUCGGAUGAAAAAACUCUCUUUGAAAGGCAAAUUCAAGAAAAAACCGAUAUUAUAGAGCAUCUUGAGCAGGAGGUGUUAUGUAUGAACAACAGACUGCAGGAGCUAGAGUCAGACCAACGCCGGGUGGAAGAGGAACGGCAGCUGCUGUGCAGGCAGAGGGAGGCGAUGAGAGCAGAGGCUGGCCCCGUGGAGCAGCAAUUUCUGCAGGAGACAGAAAAACUAAUGAAGGAAAAGUUGGAAGUACAGUGUCAAGCUGAAAAAGUCCGUGGUGACCUUCAGAAGCAAGUGAAAGCUCUAGAAAUAGAUGUUGAAGAACAAGUCAGUAGGUUCAUAGAACUGGAGCAAGAGAAAAACGCUGAACUCACAGAUCUAAGGCAGCAAAGCCAAGCGCUGGAGAAGCAGCUGGAAAAAAUGAGAAAAUUUUUAGAUGAGCAGGCCAUCGAUAGAGAGCACGAGAGAGAUGUUUUUCAGCAGGAGAUACAGAAGCUGGAGCAUCAGCUUAAGGCUGUGCCUAGAAUCCAGCCUGUGAGUGAGCACCAAGCCAGAGAGGUUGAACAGUUAACUAAUCACUUGAAAGAGAAAACAGACAGGUGCAGUGAGCUGCUGCUAUCCAAGGAGCAACUGCAGCGAGACAUUCAGGAGAGGAAUGAGGAGAUUGAGAAGCUGGAGUGCCGAGUGCGAGAGCUGGAGCAAGCCCUGCUGGCUAGUGCAGAGCCCUUCCCCAAGGUAGAGGACCAGAAAAGGUCUGGAGCUGUAGAAGCAGACCCAGAAUUAUCCCUAGAAGUUCAGUUGCAGGUGGAGCGGGAUGCUACAGACAGAAAACAGAAAGAGAUCACCAACCUAGAAGAACAAUUAGAACAGUUUCGGGAAGAACUGGAAAAUAAGAACGAUGAGGUCCAGGAGCUCCUCAUGCAGCUGGAGAUUCAGAGAAAAGAGUCCACCACCCGCCUGCAGGAGCUGCAGCAGGAAAACAGGCUAUUUAAGGAUGAAAUAGAAAAACUUGGGUUUGCCAUGAAGGAAUCUGAUUCUGUAUCUACUCGGGAUCAGCCCAUGCUGUUUGGCAAAUUUGCACAGCUAAUACAAGAAAAGGAGAUUGAAAUUGACCGGUUAAAUGAGCAGUUUAUAAAACUGCAGCAGCAACUUAAACUCACAACGGAUAACAAGGUCAUUGAAGAACAAAAGGAACAGAUACAAGAUCUGGAAACCCAGAUUGAACGUUUGAUGAGUGAGCGAGAACAUGAGAAGAAACAGAGAGAGGAAGAAGUAGAGCAGCUCACUGGGGUGGUUGAGAAACUGCAGCAGGAGGUGGUCAGCACUGAACAGCAGAGAGAGGGUGCCAGGACCCUCCCAGAAGAUGAGGAGAGCUUUAAACAUCAGCUGGACAAGGUGACUGCUGAAAAGCUGGUUUUAGAGCAACAAGUAGAAACCACCAACCAGGUAAUGACGCACAUGAACAAUGUCCUUAAAGAAAUCAAUUUCAAAAUGGAUCAGAUAACACAAUCACUGUGCAACUUGAAUAAAGAAUGUGCCAGCAAUGAAGAACUUCCAAGUCUACCUAAGGAAAGUGUCCACAUGACUGUGCAUGAGCUAGGCAGUGACAAUCUGCAGCCAGAAGAUGCCCCUGCCCAGGAUGUGACCAAACCUCUAGAAAAACAGACCUCCCUUACGCGUCUUCAGAAAAGCCCUGAAGCUUCUAGAACACAAGAAAUAGAGUCCCUGGCAAGCUCUGUUGGCGCCAAGGACGUUGAGCUUACCCAGUGUCGUGAACAAACAGAAACCAUACAAGAGCAAGCCCAGUCUGAGACAGACAGGCUUCAGAAGAAGCUCACAGACCUGCAGAGAAGCCUUGAGAAGUUCGCCGCUGCACUGGUCAGUCAGGUCCAAAUGGAGGCAGCUCAGGAGUAUGUGCCGUUCCACCAAGAAAAGCAGCCGGUUUCAUCAGCACCCGGAAGCACAGAUAUACAGAAUGCAAAUGGUCUGACUGGAGCCAGCACGGAGUCACUCAUCCCCACAGUGACCCUGAGGCUAGCAGAGGUGGAGAGCCGUGUAGCUGAAGUGCACAGUGGUACAAUGUCAGAAAAACUUGUGGGAAUUGUGGGGGGAAAUGCUUCAGAGACAGAAAAGAGAGUUAUAGAGCUACAGAAGCUAUUGGAGGAGGCCGAGGAAAGACCGGAAGAGGGAGGAGAACAAAGCUCUCGGGAUGGGGAGGUCAGUUUUCAUUUGAUUACAACUGUGAAUCUCACUCACGCCAGUGGAGAUCGUGGGGUUUUGGGUGGACCUGAAGCUCUUGAAGCUGAGUCCGUAGCCACUUCAGAACUUGCCAGUUAUAAAGAAAGGACAGAAAAACUUGAAGAAGAUCUUUUCGUAAGAGAAAGCUACAUGACAUCACUGCAGAAGGACUUAGGCCAAGUUAAAGAUCCACUCACAGAAGCCAAGGAGAAACUAUCCUACUCCUUAGAAAAAGAAAAGAGGACUGGAGAACAGGAAAGCAGAGAGGCCCCCAUACCAGAGCCACCUUCUGUUGAAGUAGGUGGCUGCUCUGGGCUCACAGAGAGAACAGACAAGGUGAGCAGCAGCGGCAAUCAGACCCUGCAGAUCCUUCUUAGAGACGCAGCGAUUCAGACUGACUUACAGAGUGAGAGCUCCCAAGAAGAGGUCAGAGAUACCAUCAAUCAACUUACUAAAAAAAUGGAGCACAUACAAGAGCUACAUGCCGCUGAGAUUUUGGAUAUGGAAUCCAGACAUAUUUUAGAAACUGAGUCUUUGAAGAAAGAACAUUAUGUUGCGAUCCAGUUACUGACUAAGGAAUGCGAGACCCUGAAGGAGAUGACCCAGUGUCUGAGAUGCAAAGAGGGAUCCUCCAUUCCUGAAUUGGCAGAUUCUGUUGCUUAUCAAAGUAGAGAAGUCUAUUCCAGUGAUUCUGAAUCAGACUGGGGUCAAAGCCAGGGAUUUGAUACAGCAAUAGAAGGCCGAGAAGAAGGGGAAACAUCAGCAGAUUUAUUUCCAAAGAAAAUAAAGGGGUUAGUGAAGGCUGUCCACAGUGAGGGCAUGCAGGUGCUCUCUCUCUCCAGUCCCCUCUGUGAUGAUGGAGAGGACCGUUCCAUUCAGCAGCUUUCGGAAUCUUGGCUGAAAGAGAGACAAGCUUACCUCAAUACCAUCUCAUCUCUUAAAGAUUUAAUUUCUAAGAUGCAAGUGCGAAGAGAAACUGAGGUCUAUGACAGGUGUCACCUCUCAGACUGGCGAGGUGAACUUCUGCUUGCCUGUCAGCGUGUUUUCAUAAAGGAACGUAGUGUUUUACUAGCUACAUUCCAAACUGAGCUGACAUCUCUCAGCACUAGAGAUGUGGAUGGAUUGUUAAACUCUUUGGAACAGAGAAUACAAGAGCAGGGCAUUGAAUAUCACACAGCAAUGGACUGCCUGCAGAAAGCAGAUAGGAGGAGUUUACUGGCUGAAAUCGAAGAUCUGCGUGCUCAGAUUAAUGGCGGGAAAAUGACUCUGGAAAGAGAACAAGGAACUGAGAAAAGCAGCCAAGAACUCCUGGACUGCAGUAUGCAGCAGAAGCAGUCGCUGGAAAUGCAACUGGAACUCAGCAGCCUGAGAGACAGAGCAGCCGAGCUGCAGGAACAGCUGAGUUCGGAAAAGAUGGUGGUUGCGGAACUAAAAAGUGAACUUGCACAGGCAAAACUGGAAUUGGGAACAACACUCAAGGCCCAGCAUAAGCGCCUAAAGGAAUUAGAAGCAUUCAGGUCGGAAGUUAAGGAGAAGACGGAUGAAAUCCAUUUCCUUAGUGAUACAUUAGCAAGGGAACAGAAGAAUUCAUUAGAGCUGCAGUGGGCUUUGGAAAAGGAAAAGGCCAGGUCGGGACACCACGAGGGACGGGAAAAAGAAGAACUCGAGGAUCUGAAAUUUUCACUUGAGGAUCAGAAACGGAGAAAUACACAGUUAAACCUCCUUUUGGAACAACAGAAGCAGCUACUAAAUGAAUCUCAGCAGAAAAUAGAGUCACAGAAAAUGUUGCAUGAUGCCCAGUUAUCAGAAGAACAAGGCCGCAACUUAGGGCUUCAAGCUCUCCUGGAGUCAGAGCAAGUUAGGAUUCAGGAGAUGAAGAGCACACUAGACAAGGAACGGGAGCUGUAUGCCCAGUUGCAGAGCCGUGAAGAUGGCGGGCAGCCCCCGCCAGCCUUGCCUUCUGAGGACCUACUUAAAGAGCUACAGAAACAACUGGAGGAAAAACACAGCCGCAUAGUAGAACUGUUAAGUGAAACUGAAAAAUAUAAACUAGAUUCCUUGCAAACAAGGCAACAGAUGGAAAAGGACAGGCAGGUUCAUCAGAAGACACUGCAGACAGAACAGGAGGCAAACACCCAGGGCCAAAAGAAAAUGCAGGAGCUGCAGUCCAAAGUGGAAGAGCUGCAGCGCCAGCUCCAGGAGAAAAGGCAGCAGGUGUACAAGCUAGACCUGGAGGGAAAGCGACUGCAAGGGCUUAUGCAGGAAUUCCAAAAGCAGGAGCUGGAGCCGGAGGAGAAACCGGGAAGCAGAGGCCUUGUGGAUCAGAAUCUGAAUGAGCCAGCCACCUGGAACUUCACUGAUGAUCGGACUAGAAAUUGGGUUCUUCAACAGAAAAUGGGAGAGGCCAAAGACAGGAACUUCACAAAGUUGAUUGAAAUAAACGGAGGAGAACUUGACCAUAAUCAUGACUUGGAAAUGAUCAGACAGACACUCCAGCAUGUGGCUUCAAAACUUCAGCAUGUAGCCCAGAAAGCCUGCAGCAGGCUGCAGUUUGAAACAGCCGGUGAUGAUGCAUUUAUUUGGAUUCAGGAGAAUAUUGAUGGAAUUAUUUUGCAACUACAGAAACUAACUGGCCAGCCAGGUGAUGAGCACAGCUUAGGACCCCCCAGUUCUUCCUGUGGCUCCUUAACUGAAAGCCUAAUGAGACAAAAUACUGAGUUAACAAGACUUAUCAACCAACUAACAGAAGAAAAGAACACCUUACGGAGCAUUGUCAUAAAGCUGGAGGAGCUGAACAGGUGCUACUGGCACACAGGAGCCAGCAGAGACUGUUGUUCUAGGUUCUCAUUUAUUGAUCCAGCUGACAUCGAAGCCAUCAUUGCUUCAGAAAAGGAAGUCUGGAACAGAGAAAAGUUAUCUCUUCAGAAAGCCUUGAAGAGGGCAGAAGCAAAAGUGUACAAGCUAAAAGCUGAACUACGAAACGAUGCCUUGCUUCGGAAUCUGGGCCCUGACACUGAUCAUGCUGCCCUGCAGAAAAUUUAUAAUAAAUACUUGAGAGCUUCAAGUUUCCGGAAAGCUCUCAUAUAUCAGAAAAAAUACCUGCUGCUGCUCCUGGGGGGAUUCCAGGAGUGUGAAGACGUCACCCUGGGGGUUCUUGCCCGAAUGGGGGGACACCUAGCCUUGAAAGAUUCCAAGACCAUCACCAACCACCCGAAGGCAUUCAGCAGGUUUCGCUCCGCCGUCAGAGUGUCCAUUGCGAUUUCAAGAAUGAAAUUUUUGGUGCGGCGGUGGCAGCAAGUGACAAGUACUAGCUCCAUCAAUAUUAACAGGGAUGGAUUUGGACUGAGUCCAGGCAUUGAAAAGACUGAUCCAUUCUAUCAUUCUCCUGGUGGGCUGCAGCUCUAUGGAGAACCAAGACACACAAUGUACCGUUCAAGAUUUGAUCUGGACUAUCCUCGGUCUCUCUUACCAUUGCAGAAUAGGUACCCGGGUACUCCAGGAGACUUAAAUUCUAUUUCAAUGGCUUCUUCUCAACUUCACCAGUACAAUCCUGAUAAAUCUCUGACAGAUUACGUCACUCGGCUAGAGGCGCUGAGAAGGCGACUUGGAGCUAUACAGUCAGGGUCCACUACUCAAUUUCACUUUGGCAUGAGGAGAUAAUCCGUUGAAACAUUAAUUGAAUAUUAAAUAGAUUCCCUUUUGUAAAUCAAUGGCUCUUUUGUGCUUUUGUAUUGUGAAUAUUCGAUGGGACCAAUACAUGCACAGCUUAUGAUUGUAUACAAAUCCUUAGCAGCAGCACAUGAAGACAAACUGGAGUUUGUGUAUAUAAGCAAUGUGUGUGUGUUCAUGCACAGUAAUCAUUAAAUUACAUGUAUAUUUGUGGAAUGCUAAUUUAAGUGAUUAAAUUAUAAACUUUGUGUAUUUAUCAGGUGGGUGAAAAGAUUAAACUUUUUCAAAUGACAGUGCUGCUGGACGAGUACCUUGCGGUGCCCUGCGCUUUUCUUACAAAGCUACUGAAGUUACAUGUUUCUGCUUAAUAUAUUUGCUACUGGUGAUGAAGACAACAUAUCACUUGUAGAGACCUAUUUUUGUAUAAUGGUCAAAGUUUUGAACUUUAUGGGUAUUUUGUCAAGUACUGAAAUAAAAAGACCUCACCAUUUUCACCUUA